AUGUCAGAAAAGUCCAAAGAUCCUCCCUACGACUUUCAUAAAGCAGCCUAUGAAGUCGCACAAGCACCCAAUGUCAUUUGUUCGGGUAUGAUGAGUAAACAAGAUCGUAAAAUGGGAGUUGUGUGGAGAAAACGAUUUUUCGUCUUGCUUGAAAAUCCAUCAUCAUCAUUAGGGAUCAUCACUACAAACACCUCCACUUUGAAUACUCCUUCAUCACCAAGAAAUCAACAACUUUUGAGUAGUUCUUCUUCAACUCCCACCGUAAUUACAACAACAACAACAACAGCACCAACAACGAUUGGAUCCUCCUUCUCUCCUUCUUUGGGUGGCAUUCCAUCAUCCCCUUUGACCAGUUUAUCAUCUUCUUCUUCUAGAUCGAAUCGACACUAUUCAAUGAAUAUGAGUGGAUUGCAAGCUUCACAACAAUCGCUCUUUACCAAUGCAUCUGUGACUUCUUCUUAUAAUGAUAUCAUUUUGUAUUAUUUCAAGAGUCCAACCGAUACCGUGUCGAUUAGUAGCAUUAAUGUUCGUCAUGGUGUUGAGAGUGUAGAGGCCAUUCAAUACACCAAAGUUAGAAAAUAUGGACUCAAAAUUGUCACUAAAAAUCAACGAGAAUAUUUAUUGUGUUGUGAUGAAGAGUCUGAACAAACGAAAUGGUUGAAUCAUUUAACAUUGGCCAAAAAGGGAUCAUCAUUGAGCAAGUCAAGUGAAAAUUUGUCACAACCAAUUUCAGUUUCAACUCCAUUAUUGACUGGAUCACCAAAAGUGAUUCAUCGUCAUAUUCAAGCGAAUACUCCACUUGGAAUUCAAUCCAAUGCAGUCAAUUCAUCACCAACAACAAGUUUGAAAAAAGAUGAAAGUUAUCAUCGUUGGCAUGAUUGGUGUUUGACUCAAUGUCAAAUCGGAUGUAAAAUCAUUAAAUUGCCAUAUCUUGCCAAUGGUUCGGGUGUGGAAAAGAAGAGAUUCUUACAAUUAUCCAAAGAUGGAAAAGUCAUUCGAUGGGGUACAACAACCAUUCAUAAGAGUACUUCAAAAAUAUCUCAGGAAGAAGAUGCUCGCAUUCAUCAAUCUUUGGAUCGACAUGUCAAUAUGUCACAAGUGACAGCAGUUCAUUAUGGUGUCUCAAGUAAUACUUUCCAACGUUUUUUAGAAAAGGUCAUGACCAGUUAUGAAGCUACUAAUUGUCUUUCAUUGGUGGUAAAAACUAACAGUGGAACAAAUAGAACCAUUGAUUUGAUCUUUUUGAAUGCAGAUGACGCCAUGGCAUGGUAUUUAUUAUUAACAAUUUUCAAGCCAACGAAUAGUACGACAUCUCAAUCGACCGAUCAAGUCAUUGCAGACUACAAGUGGUCUCGAUUGAGAUUAAGUGUACAACAACGAUGUUUAUUGAACCAAACAUCAUUGGUCAAUUUUAUGGAAGAACAAGUUUAUUUGCUUCAAUAA